CAGGCAGCGGAGCUGGAACCCGGCGAGCCAGCCUCUGCAACAGGCUGGGGGCGGAAGGAGGAGCCAGGCGAAGCGGCGCCUCCGCUGAGAGGCCCGGCGGACCCUGCAGAGGCCCCCUGCCCCUCUGGCUCCGCCCACACCCGGGUCGCUAGAAAUACAGCCGUAGCCCCGCCCGCCGCGCACUGCGCUCUGACCCAGACCCGACUGACCCACCUACCCGCGAUCCUGCCCAUGGCUGACGGACUCUCUCGGCGCAGACCCUGGGGUCCCGAGCAGAUUCGCCCGGACUCCGAGUCCGAAGGCCUGUUUGACAAGCCUCCCCCGGAAGACCCUCCCGCUGCCCGCGGGCCCAGGUCGGCGUCGGCCGCGGGCAGGAAGGCUGGUCGGCGCGCGGGCGGGAGGGCGCAGGGGGGCCGCGCCGGGCAGCCCCCGAAGGCCGCAUCGCGCCCCCCGCCCAAGAAGGAGGCGCCUCCACUGGACGAGGGCUGCUAUCUCGACCAUUUUCCGCACCUCUCCAUCUUCAUCUACGCAGCCAUCGCCUUCUCCAUCACCUCCUGCAUCUUUACCUAUAUCCAUUUACAGCUUGCCUGA